UUCGAGAGGCACACCGCACUCUUUAAGCGCUGUCUGUGUGCCUGUCUUCUCUGAAAAAACUGUAAUUUUGCCUGGGCUUUAAUCGAGAACGUGUCUGUCUGCCUGCCUGCCUGCCUGACCGUGUUACCACUGCAGCAACCCACGGAGCUAGCGAAGAUGGACUGCGAUUGGAAACCAGACGAGCAAGGUCUUCAACAGAUUCUUCAGCUCCUGAAAGAGUCACAAUCCCCUGACACCACAACGCAAAGAUCCGUCCAACAAAAACUGGAACAGCUCAACCAGUUUCCAGACUUCAACAACUACCUGAUAUUUGUCCUGACAAAAUUAAAAUCUGAAGACGAGCCCACCCGUUCCCUGAGCGGUCUGAUCCUGAAGAACAAUGUCAAGGCCCACUACCAGAACUUCCCCAACGGCGUGUCGGAGUUCAUCAAGAACGAGUGUCUGCAGAACAUCGGAGACUCCUCGCCCCUCAUUAGGGCCACCGUGGGUAUCCUGAUCACCACUAUCGCCUCCAAGGGGGAGCUGCAGAACUGGCCUGAGCUGCUGCCCAAACUCUGCCAACUGCUGGACUCAGAGGAUUACAACACAUGUGAGGGGGCGUUUGGAGCGCUGCAGAAGAUCUGUGAGGACUCAGCUGAGAUCCUGGACAGUGACAUGCUGGACCGACCCCUCAACGUCAUGAUCCCCAAGUUCCUACAGUUCUUCAAACACAGCAGCCCCAAGAUCAGGUCUCAUGCCAUUGCCUGUGUUAACCAGUUCAUCAUUAGUCGUACUCAGGCUCUUAUGCUGCAUAUCGAUCCCUUCAUUGAGAACUUGUUUGCCCUGGCGACAGACGAGGAGCCGGAGGUGCGUAAGAACGUGUGCAGAGCCCUGGUCAUGCUGCUGGAGGUCCGCAUGGACAGACUACUGCCACACAUGCACAACAUCAUACAGUACAUGCUGCAGCGUACGCAGGACCAGGAUGAGAACGUGGCCCUGGAGGCCUGCGAGUUCUGGCUCACGCUGGCAGAGCAGCCUGUCUGUAAAGACGUGCUCGCCGGACACCUGGCUCAGCUAACUCCAGUGCUAGUCAAUGGGAUGAGAUACUCAGAGAUCGACAUCAUUCUUCUGAAGGGUGAUGUGGAGGAGGACGACGAGGCGAUCCCGGACAAUGAGCAGGACAUCCGGCCACGUUUCCACCGCUCGCGCACUGUUGCCCAGCAACACGAUGGAGGGGACGGCAUCGAGGAAGAUGAGGAUGACGACGAUGACAAUCUAGACGAUGACGAUGACACUAUCUCAGACUGGAACCUGAGGAAGUGUUCUGCGGCGGCGUUGGAUGUUCUUGCUAACGUGUUUCGUGACGAGCUGCUUCUGCACAUCCUGCCCCUGCUGAAGGAGCUGCUGUUCCACCAGGAGUGGGUGGUCAAGGAGUCCGGAAUACUGGUACUCGGAGCCAUAGCCGAAGGCUGCAUGCAGGGCAUGAUCACCUACCUGCCGGAGCUGAUCCCCCACCUGGUGCAGUGCCUGAUGGACAAGAAGGCCCUGGUGCGCUCCAUCGCCUGCUGGACGCUGAGCCGCUACGCCCACUGGGUGGUCAGCCAGCCCCCAGACCUCUACCUCAAGCCCCUCAUGACCGAGCUGCUCAAACGCAUCCUGGACAGCAACAAGAGAGUGCAGGAGGCGGCAUGCAGUGCGUUUGCUACUCUUGAAGAGGAGGCGUGUACGGAGCUGGUUCCCUACUUGGCCUACAUCCUGGACACUCUGGUCUUCGCCUUCACCAAGUAUCAGCACAAGAAUCUGCUCAUCCUGUACGACGCCAUCGGCACACUCGCUGACUCAGUGGGACAUCACCUCAACAAGCCGGAGUAUAUCCAGAUGUUGAUGCCGCCACUGAUUCAGAAGUGGAACCAACUGAAGGACGAGGACAAAGAUCUCUUCCCCCUGCUUGAGUGCCUGUCGUCUGUAGCCACGGCCCUCCAGAGUGGCUUCCUGCCCUACUGUGAGCCUGUAUACCAGCGCUGCGUCAACCUGGUGCAGAAAACACUUGCUCAAGCCAUGCUGCAUCAGUCCCAGCCUGACGUGUACGAGGCCCCUGAUAAGGACUUCAUGAUCGUGGCCCUGGACCUGCUGAGUGGCCUGGCCGAGGGCCUGGGGGGCAACAUCGAGCAGCUGGUGGCACGCAGCACCAUCCUGACACUCAUGUACCAGUGCAUGCAGGACAAAAUGCCAGAGGUUCGCCAGAGCUCCUUCGCCCUCCUGGGAGACCUGACCAAGGCCUGCUUCCAGCACGUCAAGCCUUGCAUUGCGGACUUCAUGCCAAUCCUGGGGACCAAUCUGAACCCAGAGCUGAUCUCAGUGUGCAACAAUGCAACGUGGGCCAUCGGAGAGAUAUCCAUUCAGAUGGGUGCCGACAUGCAGCCCUACGUUGCUAUGGUAUUGCACCAGCUGAUAGAGAUCAUUAACAGGCCCAACACCCCAAAGACCCUGCUGGAGAACACAGCAAUAACAAUUGGUCGUCUUGGUUACGUUUGUCCUCAAGAGGUGGCUCCCAUGCUACAGCAGUUUAUAAGACCCUGGUGCACUUCCCUGCGGAACAUUCGAGAUAAUGAGGAGAAGGACUCGGCAUUCCGCGGGAUUUGCACCAUGAUCACCGUCAACCCUGGAGGAGUGGUGCAGGACUUCAUAUUUUUCUGCGAUGCCGUGGCAUCCUGGGUCAGUCCAAAGGAAGACCUGAGAGACAUGUUCUACAAGAUUCUGCACGGCUUCAAGAACCAGGUGGGUGAGGAGAACUGGGUACGGUUCUCAGAUCAGUUCCCGCUCCCCCUGAAGGAACGCCUGGCCACCUUCUACGGAGUCUAGCUAGUUCCCCUGGCAACAGACAGGCCUCAGGAGGUGAGGGAGGGUCAUUCUCCAUGGAAGUGAACCCGGAAGCCUCUGAUACCCAGGGAGCAUGUUACCCUUUGCUGGGGGAAGGGUGGUGUAGCUGGGGAGGGGGGAGGGAUAGGGCCCCCCGGAGCCCCUCCGGCCCGUACGGAUGGGGUUGGGUGGGGGAGGGAGGUGUGGGUGGUGGCGUUCGGCUGGCCGUGUCAGCGGUGGGUGGAUAAACACGGGGAAAACACGUGGGAACCCCCAAAUCUCCAAAACACGGGGAAAUACGGGGGGAGCUCCCUCAAUACUCCAAACACGGGGGAAACGGGGGAACCCCCCCAAUACGCCAAACACGGACACUCAGCCAACUCUACAGUGGGAGGAUAAAAAAACGGAAAAAAAAACUUUCACCAUUUCACCGUGGCACGAUCCCGAUGACGCAACGCAAUGAGAUGCGACACAUCCAAUCCACGCACGCACACAAGACGUCUCCCUUUCGUCUUUCUCCACCAACUAAAUAUCAGCAGCACUCUU